GAACCUCUUCAUGAUAAUCGCAGCUUAAAGAUCUUUGUUUAGCUAAAUAUAAAAUUAAGCAUCGACUGUCUACUGAUAAACAGUCGCAUCUGAAACUUCACAGUGCUUAAAGCCGAAUUGACAUUCAAGUUAAGUUUAUUUUGAAAGCGAAAGCAAAUAAAAUAAAAAAAAAUAAAAGAAAAUGAAACUAUUUCUAGUAGUGUUUGUUGCUGUUUUAUGUGGUUUGUUUGUUAGCAGUCAGGCCGCUAUUGCCCGCGCCAGGUUUUUCAACCCAACUUAUCCUGGUAAAUGUACUUUGGACGCAAACACUGUUAUGUCACCCGGUCAAACUGGCAAAGCUCCCGAUCACCCUUGCGCGGGAGUCACUUGCAUGGAAGACGGUUAUGUAGAAUUUAAAACUUGUCCGGCCAUGGCACCGCCCAAGGGUUGUAAAAUGCGCGAUUUCGCUAACACCAAUCGUGGUUACCCCGAAUGCUGUGAACGUAAAUACGAGUGCGGUAAAGGUGUUUAAGUUACGAGAAAAUCUCGUGUAAUUUAUGAUACAUAAGUGAUAUUAUUUUAGUUGCAUCAAUGUUUAGUUUAAUUCAAAUAAUUUAAAAAUAAAAAAGAAAACAAAAACAAAAGCUUGUUUUAAUAAAUUAAU